CUGGCCAAAAAGGACAAGAAAGCAAGGCAUCACUGGGGGCUCCGCGGUCUGCCUAGUGAAUUCACCGAGAAUUGCCUUCGCAACAAGUUUGCCUCGCCUUGAGGUCGAGAGAUCGGCCGAGAUGCCAGCAGUGAGAAACAGAGAAUAGCUAGCAUGGUCGCCGUCAGUAUACAUAUAAAUACUCCCUUCCGUCCCCUACGGUGUUCGUGCCUACUGUGUCUCUCACCCAAUUACGCAAGGUUGCCCCCCGCGCCUUCUACCACAGCUACCAGAGCCCUUUCCCCCGUCCCUGCCUCGGCUCAGAAUGACCUCGCGUCACAGCUCCGGCAUUGUCCUCGUUCAGUCCGGCAGCCGUCUCUCCUCUCCUUCUCCUUCUCCUUGGCUCUCCUCCGGGAGGAAUCCCUUCUCAAUGGACUCUACGGGCUCGUCUCGCUCUUCGAACGAAGCACAAUACCGUUCCGGCGCUGCAGCUGGGUCGGACUAUUACAAGCGAGCCAAGGACGUCCCGAACCCCCGUGGUGGACGUGGCACUGUGGUUGUCCAUCACAAUUGUCCCAACCCCGACCGGGACGAGCCCAGGUCUUCAGACUACCCCUUCUCUGGUGGCUCCUCCAGCAGGAAGGCAUAGCCUGGAGGAUGGUUGCUUUUGAACUGCAUCACGGGCGGCUUAUUCGGACUCCUUUUUCAUGUUGUGUCAACACUGGCGUUGUGUUAGUUAGUAGCUCUUGGCGUUUAAGGAUAGAUGGGAUUACAGGGCAGAUAGAAACCAGCAACGGCGGGGUUGGUUCAUGGGCGUUUCUUUUCGGUUUCGCGGGCAGGUACUUGGAUGCCAUCAUUUUAUGGGUGGCUGUAUGUCCGGUUAGCACAUGAGGGACCGUGGUGGCAAGCUUGGAAGUCCCACACAAUUGAUCUUUAAAAAAGAGUUUGCAUCUGAAAUCUGCCAAAGUGCAUAUAGUCCCGUGGUUACAGUUGUGCCGGUAUUGUUGCGUAUUCCCGCUAUCCGUCAUUCCGGUGUCACAGGAUGUCGGCCUGCGCUUGGUAUCAACCGUACGGGAGCUCGAGAGACAUUCCCCUGCGUCAUGUCUUGGAAUCGGACGACUUACUUAAGC